UAAUUUAGAUUAACUACCCUAAUUGGAUGUUCACAAAAUGAAAAAAAUACAAAAAUAAACGCAGAUUGAGCUAGUUAACGACUAAAAGACGGACAAAAUUUUUCUACAGUAUAACAUCUAGAUGAGAUAAAUGUAGAUAAUAUCAUAUGAAAAGGAUGGCCUUAUUUAUGAAGCAAGACUACAGUCCGCCGAUACUCUCCAGGAAGUGGAUCUCCAUGAAAUUUAGACCAAAUAUGUUAAUCUACAGUCGGGAGCACAUAAUAAGUAUUCUGGAAAGCGGUUUGAUGUUCCGGGAGGACAGUGUGGAAGUGGAGCAAGAGAUUCCUGAUCCAGAGACGGUUAAAGCCAGGGCUGGCAUCACCGGCUGGCUGACAAGGGGCGAACGGAACAUUGUGGUGGUAACCCUGGCUGGGUUGCUGUUUUUAUCACCACCGCGAAAUUUCCACCGAUCAAGUCUUCUCAAGCUGUCCGCUUACUCGGUGAUACCUAUGCUCAUAAGGACAGCUCAUAGGAGCUAUUGCAGGGGUAAGCUGUUCCCGUUGCUGAACAUCAUGAGGGAUUAUACAGCACUGGCCAGACGAGCUGCCGCUUGCUGUAGGGAGCACUCGGUUGUUGGUGUACAGCUGCAGUCGGUGUCGAUGACUGUGUCAUCUAUGCUGAGCUUGUUGUGCCGCCAGCAGACUGAACUGUCUCUGAUGAUGGCCAGGGCUUCGAGCGCUUUGUUGGGGACUGCGCCCUGGAUCAGAGGCGACGUGCCCUCUAUAGGGGAAGGCACGAUUGUGAAAAUCCACCACGGAUUCCUCGUGGUGCAGUCCACGCUGUUGAAGUACAUAGCGUUGGCGCAUUUCGUGCCGACGUUGCAGACAUUUAAGUUGUACAAGAACCAGAACGAGAGGAUAUUCUGGAUCCACAACACCCUGAUAGACCACGUCUUGUCGGAGUUCCAAGAGAAUUUCCACGCUUUGGAGCGCAUGUACAGGUUGUUGAAGAACUACGGGUCCAAGGACAGCGAAAUCUCUGUGAGGCGACCCAGUGAAGCUAUCAAGAACUGGUUGUACGCGGACAUUCACACAGGAGUGGCGAGGUCCUGCAUGGAGAUGAAAAUGGCGCUAGAUAAGGCCACCCAUCUAGAUAUGUUCCUAGAUUCGUGCGCGCUGAACAAACAGACGCUGGAUCUAGACGUGCUGGACAGAGAUAUAGACGAGAUUGUAGAUAACAUAACCAAAUGCCUCGCGACGGUGCAAAGCUCGCAGAUAAGGUUGAAGAAGAUGCAGAAUAAGUUGCAUGGGGAAGAAGUGAGGAAGGAUGAAGAGGAAUACGAACAGAGCGAGAAGAAUCUUCUCCAGAUAGAAGAUAAGGAACCGGAAGUGAGAGACGAAGUGUUCUAUUUCGUUAAAACCGAUGACGAAAGGCCUCAAUCGCCCAUAGGAGACAUAAUGACAGCUCCAGGGCAGAAAGAGAAGGAAAAUUCCAAGGUGGUCUUAAAGGAGUUGAGAAGGAAAUUGGUGAAAAGAGAGGACCUGAUGAGAGAAAGAGAGAGGCAAGCGUUGGCCAGGACCAUGCCAGGGAUAGAAGUACCAGAAUUUCCGAGACAGAUUAAAUACGAAGAGUUCGCGGACAGAAAAGGUUUUAUAGCGAAAAUUGUUAGGAGGAAACGGAAGUCAAAACAGCAACGCAAAAGAAACUACCGGCUAGAAAUAGACAAAAAAGAUCUCAACGGUAUUCUUGAUGAGGAAAAUGUAUUCAAAGAUGACACUCCAGUUAUAUUGAGAAGAGUUAAAACCAAAUUCCUCUUGUCGCAGAAGAGGUUUAUACCAACAGUCACCAAUGCAACGAACCGUCUGGACUUGAAAGAAGAGAACAAAGAACAAAACGCAGAAGACAAAUAUAGAGUGUCCAAAGAGGAAUUGGAAUCGCCGGACAGCGAUUUCGAGAAUAUUUACAACGACAAAAUGGCGCUGCUGAACGACGUCCGGCGGCACAGAGCCUUGAGGAGGAAGAAUUUUCCCGCCAAAAGGCCGUCAACAGACAACGCGGACGAGGGCCUCCAGCCGAUAGAGUACAGCUUCGGUACCGGCAUGGCCAUGGCGUCGGUUUUGCAAUUGAACAGCAAUUUAAGGCAAAACAUGCUGCAAGAGGAUGUUUAUAUUGGCGACGGGGAAGUAUCCAACGACAGCGGAAACGACGACGACUAAAAUCAUCACACGAUCAUUAGCAAUACAUUAGUAUGAUUUUCAAUUUCAACAAACCGUGGAAUUAAUAACAGCGACAUCUAGCGGCGGAUGUGCGAAUCGUUAUAAAUUAAUUUAAAUAUGCUCAUUUAAUUGUAUGAAUAAAACAAAUCUAUUUA